AGGCGAACGCCACGGGCAGCCCUAGCGGGGCCCUGCCGGGCGCUCCGCCCUUCCGGCGCGGGCGGCGGCCGAGGAACCCGUGCGUGGAGGUGGAGCUGGUGACGGUCCCUUCCACCUCGGCUCCCUGCUCUGCCACGCAAGGGCCUGCCAAGUGUCGCAGCAAGGCCACAGGGAUUGCAAGGGCGGUCCUCAGCCUGGCUUGGCAUCUGGCAGGUGCCCUUGUCUCCCUGUGGAGACACCUGCUGAGCACACGCGUCUUUGCCAGGCAAAAGAUGGGCCCGCAGAGCAAGAGGUUCUUGAAAGUCGUCUUCCUGUGGCUCCCAGUGGCUCUGGCUGGUGCUUACUGCGCGACCUCGCUGCCGGUGUGGACAACGCAGGCAAAGGGACUGAUAGAGGAGCUGACACGCGUGUCGUCGGCAAACCUGAAGAUGCUGUGGAACUUGCCCGUUUUGGUGGCGGAGGAAACCCAAAAGACACGCUCUCUGCUGGAGGAGGUGGCUCAGCUGAGGGCACAGAUCCGCAGUUUGAAGGAAGCUCAGGAAGUGAACCAGGCAGCGUCCAAGAAGGCUUUGGGUGCCUACAUCGAGAUGUCUGACUGGGCCCUGGAAAGCUCUGGUGCCACCAUUGACACGCAGAGAACUUCCGAGACCUACGACUGCCAAGAGAAUUGGGGCUGCAGGGUUUUAUGGUUCUUCCGCGCUGCCAAGCCUCCUGAGACUAUUUUGCAGGCGGAUGUUUCCCCAGGAAACUGCUGGCCUUUCCAAGGGCAUCAGGGCCAGGUGGUCAUCAGGUUGCCAGCACGAGUCCAUCUGACUGCCAUAACUGUGCAGCACAUCUCCAAAGACGUGUCUCCAUCUGGGACCGUCCUCAGCGCCCCCAGAGACGUCGCUGUCUUUGGAGUGGAUGCGGACGGAGAAGAGGAAACUCUCCUUGGGACGUUCACGUACGACGUGGCAAAAGAGUCUAUUCAGACCUUCCCUCUGAAGAACGCGCCGCUUCCCAGAGCCUUUCCGUCUGUCAAACUUCUUGUGGAGAGCAACUGGGGAAACCCAGCGUACACCUGCAUUUAUCGAGUGCAGGUUCAUGGGAAGAUGGCGCAACCAGAGAGCCCCAGGUGAAACCAGAGAGGAAAAAAAGUCCAACAUGAGAAAGAAGAAGAAGGGGAGGAAGAACAAAUAAAUCUAAAAGAUGUGGCAAUUGA